AUGAUGUUUUGUUGCUUAAAAAAUUGUUUCAACGGCCUUGGGUUUACCGGAGUAAAAGCUCCACAGAAAGAGUUUAAUCCUAUAACAUUGGAUACAUCGCAUAUGGGUCAUGAAGUUGUCGUUGUAAUGAAUGGUUUAAGAGUUUGUGGACAAGGAUGCGCACUUACAAAUGUUCCACUGGUACAAAGUAAAAGCUAUUUUGAAGUUAAAAUAAGGCAAGACGGUAUGUGGGCUGUCGGUUUAGCAACAAGAUCCACUAAUUUAAAUACAACUGUCGGUGGCAAUGAUGCUGACAGUUGGGCAUUCAAUUCUGAUGGUAUUAUUAGACACAAUCAACAGGAGAUUCAUAAAAUUACAAAUCUUCCUCAAGAAGGCGAUGUUAUUGGAGUGUCAUUUGACCAUAUAGAACUUAAUUUUUAUAUCAACGGAAAAAAUAUAAAUGCACCAGUAAUGGGAAUUAAGAGUACAAUAUAUCCUGCCCUAUAUGUCGAUGAUGGAGCUAUUUUGGAUUUAAUUCUUCAAGAUUUCGUUCAUCCACCAGCACCUGGUUUCGAAAAAAUCAUGGUUGAGCAAUCUUUACUUUAA